AUGCGAGGGGUCGCGGACGUCAGACGGAGUAACGCGCCACCUGUGGCGCAGUUGACGGCGCAGAUGUGUUAUUCACAGGUGGCUCUUUCCCCAGGCGGCGUCUGCAAAGCUGCGUCCCGGCUGGACACGUUUGGCGGCUGUCUUGUGGAGGAAGGCAUUGCAGCCCACAGUUGCAUGAAGAUAGCUACAGGAGAAGAUAGUAAUGAAAAAGAAAAUAUUAUAAAGUAUUUACAGGAAUUUGGAUAUCUCGAAGCAGAGUCAACAAAUAUUGGUGAAAUUUCAGAUAUCAAAAAUGCCUUAAUUUUGUUCCAAAAGAAGUUUAAUUUGAAACCUACUGGUGAAAUAGAUCAAGAAACUUUAGAUCUGAUAAACAAACCUCGAUGUGGUGUAGAAGAUCAUGCAGUAUCUUUUACCUCACAUAUUGCUAAAUGGAAUAAGAAAACUGUUAAAUGGUAUUAUGCAGGUUCAUCGAAAAGAAUGAAAGAAUUGAGUGAAAUUGCUUUUAAUACUUGGAAAGAGCAUCCAGAUAUAAUUUUUGAAGCAGAUAGUUCAAAUUAUGACAUCAUCAUUUCAAAUAAGAGAUGUUUGCAUAGGAAAGAAUCAAGUGGACAACAUUAUUGUCCUAAACGAUUUGAUGGUAAAUCAGGUGUACUGGCUCAUGCAAAUUACCCAAAUUCUAAUAAUGAUGUUGUAGAAAUCCAUAUGGAUCAAGAUGAAGAUUGGUACUUUGAGAUUGAUGCAAAUACUCCAAAAGAGAAGAUAAACUUUUAUGCAGUUUUAGUUCAUGAAAUUGGUCAUACAUUAGGAAUUCCUCAUUCAGCAGAAAAUACCUCAAUCAUGUAUCCAUUAUAUAACAGUUCCAAUAUUGAAUUAAGUAAAGAUGAUAUUCUUGUAGUACAAAGCUUAUAUGGGAAACCAGUUGUAGGAGAUGAUGAUGAGGAAGAUGAGGAGACUGAUGAUGAAGAAAAAGAUUUAGAUUCUCCAGAAUUAUGCAAACUGAGUAAUAAAAUUAAAAACUUUCUGAUUGUUGACCAGGUUCUAUAUAUUUACUAUGAAAAAUGGGUUUGGAUAAUGGAUUUGGAUAAUUUAGAUGUAUGCACUAAACCACAACUUAUAAGUGAUUGGUUAACAUUUCUUCCAAAGGAUUUAAAAAUAUAA